AUGCAUAACAGCACAAGAGCUAUCUAAAUUGCUAUUGAGUAUUUAAAUUAUUCAUUUUAGAUGGCAAAUCUAUUUCUUAUUUUAUUUUUUUGUUUAUGCAAUAAAAUUAAAUAAACCUCCACCUUAAAUAUACUCUUUGAAAAUUAAUUUGGCUUAUUAUUAUCAAGUUUUAACAUUCCAUCAUCUAAUUGACUAAUCAACACUACCAGAUGCUAAAGUAGUUCAAUCUAAUGAGAAGCAUACUCAUUAUACCCAUUCACUAUGA